AAUGCAGCAGACAUGCCAGAAACCAUCACCAGUCGUGAUGCGGCGAGGUUUCCCAUCAUCGCCAGCUGCACCUUGUUUGGGCUCUACCUCUUUUUCAAGGUGUUUUCUCAAGAGUACAUCAACCUGCUGCUGUCCGUCUACUUCUUCGUGCUGGGCGUCCUGGCUCUGUCUCACACUAUGAGUCCGCUGAUGUCCAGAAUCUUUCCAACAUCGUUCCCAAACAAACAGUUUCAGCUGCUCUUCACUCAGGGAACCGGAGAGUCCAAAGAAGAAAUUGUUAACUAUGAGUUUGACACCAAGAACCUGGUGUGUCUGCUCAUCAGCAGCGUGGUCGGAGUCUGGUACGUGCUCAAGAAGCACUGGAUAGCCAAUAACCUUUUCGGCCUGGCCUUCGCCCUGAACGGCGUGGAGCUGCUCCACCUGAACAACGUCAGCACCGGCUGCAUCCUGCUGUGGGGGCUGUUUGUCUACGAUGUGUUCUGGGUGUUUGGGACCAACGUCAUGGUAACGGUUGCCAAGUCCUUUGAAGCACCGAUCAAACUGGUGUUUCCUCAGGAUCUGCUGGAGAAAGGUCUGGGUGCCAGUAACUUCGCCAUGUUGGGUUUGGGUGACAUCGUCAUCCCUGGUAUCUUCAUCGCUCUGCUGCUGCGCUUCGACGUCAGCCUGAAGAAGAACAGCAGGACGUAUUUCUACUCCAGCUUCCUGGCCUACAUCUUUGGACUGGGCCUCACCAUCUUUGUCAUGCACACGUUUAAACACGCACAGCCCGCUCUGCUCUACCUGGUUCCUGCCUGCGUCGGCUUUCCCGUCGUCGUGGCUCUGUUCAAAGGAGAGCUCACGGAGAUGUUCAGGUACGAGGAGACGCCACCCGAGGAGGAGGAGGCGGCGGCUAAUGACGACUCAUCAGAGUCAGAGAAGAAGGACCAAUAACAUCCACCGCUGCCUGCCCCACCCCCACCACCCACCGUCAUCCAGCCUGCUGCCGCCACAUUUCACUGAAGCUCUACCCCCCCGCAUCCCCAGCUUCCUGUUCGUUGCCGGGGGGGGUGGAGCUCAUGUCGCCAACGCGUUUUGUCUUUGAAAACCCAUGGGAGCGUCCGCUGGUCUCCAUGGUAACGGCUGCUGUCGUGCUAAUGGUGGCGGUGUGUGUAUUAAAAGGUUGUUACGGUAAA